CCUCUGUUUCCAAGUAAUUGCUAAGUACUAAUAUUGCAAAAAAGCAAAAAAAUAUAUAUAUACUCCCUUCCAACACAUAUAAUUUUCUUCAAACUUCAAUAUUCUCCUAAGCUAAAGCAGAAAAAUCCUAUCUUUGUUUCACCCUUUGCUUUCCUCCAUCUUUGUGCUAUUUUGGGAAAGUUUCUUCUAUUCUGGGAAAGUUUUCUUCCUCAUUUUCUUGCAGUUUCCUCAAGGGUUAAUCUUAUGGAGUGGUUUUCUCGAGUUGAUGAUGGUGAUCUUGUUGUUCCUAAAGGCUUAGAUGGUUUUUCACCAUCUUCUGAUAGCUGGUCACAGUAUUGUGACUCAACACCAUUCGGUAAUUUCAAGUCAGAAAUGAAAAGGAACAACAUAAGGUCAUACGUUGGAGCUGAAGACUGUAAAGUGACCGGGAAUGGCCUAGCUAAUGACAUGAAACACUUUGGAAUUAGCGAGGAGCCUUUUGAUAAUGAGGCUAGCCAAGAUUCAUACUGUGAUAUGGACCAAUGGUCCUCAUAUCCACCUGAGCAGUUGGAUUUCCAUCUUGAUAACAUGGCCUCGAUCGAUCAGUUGGAUGAUGCGUUCUUAAGUUCCUUACUCGAAGACUCUCCAACCGGAAUGGAUGCAUCUGAUGAGUCAUCUGAAUUAUCAACAGAUGACCGGUGCAGCAUGCUGCUGGAUGAUGAUCAAGCAAGAGAUGAACAUUCAAAUCUAGAGCAUAUGACAAGUAACAGUCGUGCUGGUACUGCCAAAUAUUUCUCUGCACAUGCUUUUACUUCACCAGUGGAUUGGGAGAGUCAAGAAGAUAACAAUUCUUAUUUGCUGAAAAAGGCACAACAAGCAGAGGUUUCCGUGAAAUUUGAGCAUGAUAAAGGAGAUAAUGGAGAGAGUGAAGAGGAAAUAUCUAUGGAGGAAACUGUCCUACAGCACCUCGAAAAUCUCACAUCUCAGCUGACAGAUGAAACCAGAAUCUGCUUCCGGGAUUCUCUAUACCGUCUUGCGGAUAAUUCAAAACAUGAUGCAUGUCAGAGUAGGAAACCUAUGCCAGAUCAAGAAUCUACGUGGUUCAGCGAAGAAGAGACGAAAGAAUCGGGGACGAAUGUAAUUGACAGAACUGUGGCCAACCUUUUGUUCAGCAACGUUGAGUUUGGUGCUUCUGAAGGCUCCUCAAUGGACUUUACAGAGUCCAACAUAACACAGCAUUCAGGCGGUACGUUGUGGAAUAUAUCAGGUUCCUCUGGUUGUGAUGUCCCUACUUUUAGUGGAUAGACAACGCAUUCUUCACUCUGCUGAAACUUUUCGUGAAGUGGAACAAUGAUUGGCGCUACUCCGCGUCCUAGUUCUUAGGCUUCGUUCAAGAUGUUGUAGCAUGGUCGUUUUACGUUAUUUGACCUGAUCUGAUAGGGCUAAGUUUUGACGAAAGCUUGUAUAGUAGGUGUGAUUAGAGACUAACCGUGGCUACUUUGAGUUAUGUAAGCAGCGAAACGCUGUAAAGAGCCUGGUUUUUCUUUAGGCUCCAGACAUUUUAGUUGAGGAAGAAACUUUCCCUGUUGUGCCUUUUUUAAAAAAAAUUCUAUAAGCAGCUAAUAUGUUAAGAUU